CUUGAGGAUUGGAGAACAAGGCAGUAGCAACAAUGAAGUCAAUUCAUGUGCUUAUUGAAAUACUACUGUGUAGUGAGAUGGACUGACUUGGGUCCUUACGUCACGCGGGCUGCAGCUGUUCUUCUCAGCCGCCAUCUUCGCAGCUGCGGCUUCUUCAUUUGACAUUGUCAGGAUACCACAGCAUUGAGAAUAGAUUGAGAUAACGUUGACAACCAAACAUCUUACUUGCAAGCUUCUAUGCUCCCAUCUCGGUGAUAUAUCUCUCCCUAGUCAUGCAGGUAGCAGAAAUUCUCUCGGAUCUCACCUCAUUACGCGUCUGUGACUAUCACGAUGCGCUGGCUCUCGUUACGACUCACGAAAGACUGGAUUCACAAGCAGUCGAAGGGCAAUCGCAACCCGGCAGCAGGGAACAGACCCCUGCUCUGCAGAUGGAAAAGGAUCAGCUUCGUCAAGCCAAAGAACUGGUUGCGCUGCAUCACGACGUCAAAGCCAGGCAUGCACGGGGUACUGUGGACGAAGAACUGACUGCGUUGCGGGUCGAUGUCCAGCGCGUCUUGCUGGAACUUAGCCGUCAUUAAACAUCCCCCCCAGGAAAUGGUAACUGGGGUUUGUUUGUGUUCUAUCCUGUUCACGCGUGAUGCUUUGUGCUGGCUUUGGUUUUACGGUAGGCGCUAUUGGGAGUGUUCAUAUGACCUUACGCAAUGUGCUAUAAAUGUAUUCGUUCAGAUGAAAAUUUGAUUAACUGUUCGCAUAAUCUGUCAGGCAUUAGAGCCUUUAA